UGUGCUCCACUGCAAUAGCAAUUAGCCACUAACCUUCUGCCGGGUCUUCAGCUCCUAUUUUCCCCUUCCUCCAAAUCUUCAGGUGGCCCGGGCAAACAAACUUAUCUAGAGUGCCGCCGCAACGAAGAAUAUAAAUUCCCUGGCAGACCAAAGGCCAGGAUUCAGUCGGUGCCAAUAGCUGACAAUGUACAGAACGUGGGGCGUCUUUCUGGGCGGGAUCCUCCUGCUACAGGUUCUGCAACUAUCACUGGGACUCGAUAAUGGUCUAGCUCUCAAGCCACCCAUGGGUUGGAUGUCCUGGGAGCGUUUCCGUUGCUUGACUGACUGUCAACUUUAUCCUGACGAGUGCAUCAGUGAAAAACUUUUCCGGAGACAUGCUGAUCUUUUAGUUUCCGAAGGAUACGCCGAAGCUGGCUACGAAUACAUCAUCAUUGACGACUGCUGGCUGGAGAAGCAUCGCGACAACGAUACCCAAAAGCUUGUGCCAGACAAGAAGCGUUUUCCCAGCGGAUUAAAUGCUCUUUCCGAUCAUAUUCAUGACAAGGGCUUGAAGUUUGGUUUGUACCAGGAUUAUGGAACUAAUACCUGUGCUGGUUAUCCAGGAGUGAUCAAGCAUAUGCAGCUGGAUGCCCAGACCUUUGCAGAUUGGGAUGUGGACUAUGUAAAGUUGGAUGGCUGCUAUGCCAAUAUCAGCGACAUGGCAACAGGUUAUCCAGAGUUUGGUCGCCUAUUGAAUGAAACAGGUCGUCCGAUGGUGUACUCCUGCAGUUGGCCAGCUUAUCAAGAGGAUGCCGGCGAGAUGCCUGAUUAUGAGUCUCUCAAGAAGCAUUGUAAUCUGUGGCGCAACUGGGACGAUAUUGAUGAUUCGCUGGAAUCUCUAAUGCAGAUCAUCGACUACUUUGCCAAAAACCAAGACAGAAUUCAGCCGCAUGGUGGACCAGGACACUGGAACGAUCCCGAUAUGCUCCUCCUGGGAAACUAUGGUUUAAGUUACGAUCAGAGCAAACUUCAGAUGGCCAUUUGGGCGAUAAUGGCAGCACCUCUUAUUAUGUCUAAUGAUCUGGCCGCAGUGCGUCCUGAGAUUAGAGAUAUUCUACAGAAUCGUGAGGUUAUUGCAGUGGACCAAGAUGAGCUCGGCAUCCAGGGACGUCGAGUCUUAACCCGUAACCAAAUAGAAGUCUGGAAACGACCCAUUACACCGGUGGCCAAGAGUGGACAUCACUCGUAUGCUGUGGCCUUUGUCAGUCGUCGGGACGAUGGAGCUCCCUACAGGAUCCCUUUCACAAUCAAAGAUCUCGGACUGAACAAUCCCAAGGGAUAUAGAGUGCAGGACCUAUACGAUGCCAGCAAUAAAAUGGGAGUCUUCCAAUCAGAGAGUCAGUUCAUCACACGCGUCAAUCCUAAUGGCGUAACUUUCUACAAGUUUACAGCGUUGUAAUCUGAAGAUAUGCAAAACAAGCCGCUGCCAUCAAAUCGAAUAUGCUCUUUUUUGUACCCAUCAUUCCAUAUUGCCCAUCAAGAUUGCGAAGAUGAGAUGUGUAAUAGGUUAAUUCCGAUAAUAAACAAGAGGUAAUAAUUGAA